AUGGGCAGUCUUCGUCCCGUCGCAGGUUUACCAUCGCCAGUUUCUCCAUUGUCACCCAGAUCCUCAGAUAGCCUUCUAGCGGCAGCAGGACAACAAACGACCAUUCCACGAUCUAUCACACCCACACACCGUAACAAUGAGAACAUCCUUGUCCCUAUUAGCAUGAAAGCUCGAUAUAACUCAAAUGGGUCUGCUUCGUCAAGGCUACUAUGGCAAUCUUUGUGGCUACGCAAGCGCACACUGCUUGCGUUCCUACUUCUAUUUACCGUGCUAUGCAUCAGCUUGCUCAUACUAUGGCAAUACGAUAAUCAGCAUGACGGCAUCAGACUCACAGUCUCAACUAAUCACUAUGCUUGGACUUAUGGUCCGGCAGCCAUCUUGGUUGUCGUUGUCAGUUUGUGGAGGCAAGUCGAUUAUCAGUGCAAAGCAAAUCAACCAUGGUUAGAAUUGAGCAAAGGACCGUCUAUCGCCUCGAAAAGUAUACUCCUGGAUUAUAUCUCCCCUUUGCAGAUAACCAGUUUCAGCAGAGCUGUUCAAUCUUCUCACUAUGCAGUCGCGGCAUCCGUGCUGGGAUUCGCAAUUUUGAAGCUUGUCCUCGCUGCUUCGACAACACUGUUGGUGGCUUCAUCUACGCCAGUGAGCAAUGAUUUUGAUGUCCAGAUAGCGACUAGAUUUACUGGAGAGGAAUUUUGGCAAACCAUUCCAGACCAAGUGGAUGGUACGACCACUGCGAAAGGUUUCAUUGGCAAUCAAAUUACGGAGUCUGCCUACAAAAAUAUAUCCUCGGAUCCAGUAUAUUCAUAUUGGGGCGUAAUCCGGGGAGAGUUAACCGAUCCUCUGGGUACGAAGGAUGGAAUUGCAUUUCAGGUUUUCAAUUCUUCGCUCACAAACGAGAAUUUGACCAGCUUGACAAGCACAGUAUCUGCUUUCGUCCCAAACAUCACUUGUGAAAUCCCAGUUUGGGAAAGCUUUCAAAACAUGAGUGGGGAAUGGGGCCCUCUAGUCCAACUCAGACUGAACACGCCAACGUGUAAGGCAGGCUAUGGAGAUUACGAGAUCUACGUUGACACAGCGGAUGUGGUGGCGGCACCCAUGAACGACAAUCUCUGUGCAGAAGACUGUUUGCCAUAUCCGACCUCGUUCACCAUUCAGCGUGUCUUCUGCGGGACUGCCGAAUCUGAAGCGGCAAAGACGGUGGUGAAUGGUUUAUCACCACAUGAUUACCGUUUCGCCAUAGUUGCAGCGAAUAUUUCCCAGCAGGUUGGACAACCAUCCUGGACCAAUGACACGAACGUGACCGAAGUAAUCGGUCGAGGUAUCGUAGAGGCAGGAGUUGUUCUCUGCAACAUUGACUACAACAUGGUUGAAGCUGAAGUAACGCAUGAUAUGGCGGACGAUAGCUACUCUUUGCCCACCGAACUUACCGCCCUACAAGGUGGCCAUUUAUCUGACUUGGGUGGCUUGCAGCUUUCAGAACUCAUAUUCUCUAGCCUCAGUAUAGCAGCUGAUGCGUUUGCACCUCAAGAUAUCGGUCCUUACAUUCCUACGCCUGAUAUGGAUACCCUGGCGUCAAACCCUUUGUUUACUUUGAUGGCAGACCGUUUAGAGGGAAAGAAGAGUCGCGAACGAUUUUUCGACCCAACAACACUACAACAAGCGGCGGUCAGUGCACUUACAGGAGUCUCAGCACAAUUCAUGCAGCAAAACUUCUUGAAGUCCACCAAUGAAGCUAGCACUGGGAAGGGGGUGUACCAUGAGCAAAGGCUCCACAUACAACGUCCUUCUUUGUGGAUCAUGGUGACGGGCUUUAUCAUACUGGACCUCUUGACAUUGGUGCUCGUGUUUACUGCGACUACUAAAUCAACUCCGCAAGAUCCUCGAUCAAUUGCCGCACAUGCCACAAUUCUGACUACCAGUUCAUCAAUUCAAGCUCCACUGUGCAACACUGGUGACCUCCGAACCAGUGGUCUAACCAAACAACUGGGAGAAUUCGAGUAUCGCAGCGUGGUAGAUCAACACUUUUAUCUUGAAGCCCUUCCGCGCAGCAAGGAAGCCGAGAGAAUGAAUGAUGGCGGGAAUUUCAAGAGCUCAAUGUGGAUACCUCUAUCAGCAAAAUUUUGGUUCGUCUGUCUCACUGCGACAGCGCCUAUACUGGCUAUUGCGGCACUGGAAGCCUUGUAUCGACGCUCCGAAGCCAAUCAAGGACUCAAGGACGUAUCAGGGGAGUCUAGCGUUCUGGCAUUCGCAAGACAAUAUUUAUCCUCGUUGGUGCUUUUACUCAUUGCGACACUGUUCAAUACUCUUGAUUUUGCUAUCACGACUUUCGCCCCAUUCAGUGCCCUGCGCAAGGGUAUCGUGUCUUCUGAAGUAGGGCUUUUAAUGCAAUUACAGGGCAAUACUCCACUACUUGCGCUGUAUCAAGCAAUUAGUCACAGUCACAUGGGAGCUGCGCUUUCUAACAUGGCGACACUUGUUGGGAGUGCUCUGCCCAUUGUUGUUGCCGGCUUGUGGGUCCUAGAUGACGCGACAACUUUCACGAAUAAUGUCGUGGUGACGGCUAGUAGUGCCUGGGAUGUUGCUCCCAUCAACAGUACAACAGAAGGCAGUGGGGCUGCGCCAGCCUUCAACAAUGUUGAGAGAGGUGUGGUCAAUCUCCCGGCCGGCGUUUGGAACGACCUAGUAUUUCCGCAGAUUUCUGAGCUUACUACUGUAUACAACUCACGAGAUCCUUCGCUCGAUUCUUCAACAUCUGCCUUGAACUACACUCUUACCAUCCCUGCGCUACGACCGGAAUUGAUUUGCGAUAUCGUUCCGGCAGACCUCUGGACCAUCUCUUAUGAGACAGAUCCAAAUGACCCUCCGAACAUGGCUGAUUGGUCAGUGAAAUGGGAGCUGCCUCCAGGAUGCCAUGGAGGACCAUGGGGCAAUCGCAGCUAUGCUACAAUAAGAGGAGGCUAUUGGGAAGACUCAUGGUACGGCCAGAUGUACGAUCUUCAUUUGGGUCCUUGGAAUGCAAGCAACCUUGAAAAUAGGGAAGUCCAGAGUCACGCAGAAGUCACAUUCGGCCACGCCGAUCAGCCAGACAAUCCGUGUGGCUGCCCGUCAAUAGCUGUGUUUUUUGGCUACGUUGGACAGAAUUAUACAGCCCAGGAGAAUGUGACGAUGUUAGUGUGCAAUCAGAGAAUCACGCAAGUACAAACCGCUAUCACAUAUGAUGGUGAUCCGCUUAACAACAAGCCGAAUACUGCGCGAGAACCCGUCCCUGAUGAAUCCACUGCUAGGUACAUGACAAAUGGUACGGAUGGUGUGGUGGACUUCAAUUAUCGACUGCAGUAUGAUCUUCAAUCUGGACUGGUCACCUUCAAUCCCGGCAACGAACCCGACUAUUUCGACCAAUUUUUCAACCACCUUGUCUAUGGACCCGAGGGUGUAUCUCCGAAGCAGCUGCUCGGUCCCCAAAAUGCCAAUAAUCUGCGUGCCGCCGUUCAGAAGCUCUACAAACGUUACAUGGUGCAUGUCAUUGAUCGAAAGUUCAGGCAGCCGCUUGAUGCAGCGGCUGAGUCACUGAAAGACAAGCGCAAGCGACAAGAUGCGGGAACAGGGGCACAGACUUCACAAUACGAAGGCGUGGUUAUGCAACAAAUACCACGCCUGAAAGUUGAUUAUAUAUCAAAGCUAAUCUUGCAGAUCAUGCUUGCCACGAUGACGCUGCUUGGUAUCUUGUCGUUCUGGUUGGUGAAGUUGAGGGGAACAUUACCGAGGAACCCAUGUUCGAUUGCCAGUACAAUGAGUCUGUUCGCAGGAAGCGAGAUGUGUAAGAGCGAAAAGGAAGGGGGAAUAAUGCCGGCAGGAGCAGAGUGGAUGACGAGAGAAGAAUUGAAGCAUGUCUGGAAGGGCAAACAUUUCAGCCUCGGCUGGUGGACUGCCGCCGAGAGAUCUCUUAGCAACGCGAACGCUAGGGAAAUGGAAACCCUGCCCCAGCGAGGGAGUCGCAUGAAAUUAGGUAACAUGGAGGAGAUACGGCUGGCAGACGAGGCUAUCGACAGGGAGACCUUGAGAUUUGGCAUAGAUGUCGGUGUACCAAUCCGACUUGGCUUUCGGCAGAGAAGAGGCUGGCGGGAAAGAUUGAAACCAUCUUGA